AUGAAAUUGUCUUCCUUGGGUCGAGGAGCUUCAUUUUCGGAGCAUGCCAGUCCUUUUAGCAGAUAUAUUACAGAUCUAAGAUUUUGGACAACGCCUGAGAAUUCUCCAUUCGCAGCAGGAACUAUUGCGAUUGUCACUGGUGGCUCAAGAGGAUUGGGUUUGGAAUUGGUUCAUCAAUUGGUUCUUCAAAAAGUGAAAAUUAUCAUUAUCGAUGUCAUCCCACCAACAGCAAGAUUUAGCGAUAGUGAUCGAGUGCUUUAUUAUUAUUGCGAUAUUACCGAUUACGAGACAGUAAAAUCGCUGCAAAAAUUGAUUAAGAAAGAGCAUGGAAUUGUGACUAUGUUGUUCAAUAACGCGGGGAUAACUCGAAUUGAUUCAUUACAAAAUACACCAGAUAAUGAGAUCAAGAAAAUUAUCGAUGUAAAUUUUAUUGCCGCAUACAUUAUGAUUAACAUUUUUUUACCUGAUAUGCUUGAGAUAGGGCAUGGCUAUAUCAUCAACAUUGCAUCGGUACUGGGGGAAAUAACCCCAGCAAGGCUUACCUCAUAUGGGGCCUCCAAAGGCGGACUUAUCGCUGUUCAUAAGUCUUUAACCAAGAAUCUCUGUAAAAGAAAAAAGGGAUCAGGAACCAUAAGGACCCUUUUGGUCUGUCCAGGUAAGAUUAACACUUCGAUGUUUGCCAAGGUUAAAACACCUUCAAAGUUUUUAGCGCCAGACAUUGAUCCGAGAAAAUUGGCGUAUCAUAUCGUAACUGCCAUUAGCUGUAACAUGACAAGUACCUUAAGGUUCCCGUAUUAUGCCAAUAUCGUUCCUUUCUUUAAGCAAUUGAAUUGGCCAUAUAUACGUGCUUUAAAAAAAAGCAGUGGCAUGGAUAGAGUAACUGUUGUUUAA